CGUGACUAGACACCAAAUAUAAGCAAACGUAACCUUACAUUGAAUUAGGCGCGGCGAGGGAAACUAUAGUGCAUGAUUUUAAUUAAUAAUCAGAUUCGGCGUAAAAAAAACACAUAAAAUGCGUCAUUGUGAUCCGAACAUUUAUAAUAAAUCUAUGCGAUACCAAGAUUUUUGACAAGCUAGCAUGGAAAAAGAGAGGAAAGUGGACUGAUAAAUACUACACGUAUGAGUUGUCAUCACGUUCGCGCAGAUAGUACGGGAUCGUCAACUCUUUGAGGCGUAUUAAAACGUAUGUUGCGUCGAUUCAGCGUGACAUUUUUCACUGCAACCUACAUUGUACAAUAACCAUGUCGCCGCAAUUAGCGAGAGAGAAGCAUGCCAAGUACUUUCAAAGGUUACUACAGAUCAUGCCUAGCGGCCUGGCUGAAUUCGAUUCUACCAGAUUGAUGAUAGCAUAUUUUGCGCUGUCUGGUCUAGAUUUAUUAAAUUCAUUAGACGAGAUUGGUGAACAGGCUAAGUCCGAGGUUGUCGACUGGAUCUAUAGUCUGCAGGUUGAGAGAGCUGGACCGCGUUCUGGCUUUCAGGCGUCUACAACGAUACCAAAGGAUGUUCCUGAGUAUCAGUGUGGUCAUUUAGCAAUGACCUAUACAGGUUUAGUUACCCUCUUGAUUCUCGGCGAUGAUUUAGGUCGAGUAGAUAGACAAUCUAUCGUUGAAGGUGUUCGCGCCUGUCAAAAUCCUGACGGAUCCUUCACCGCCAUGGUAACGGGAUGUGAGAGUGAUAUGAGAUUUCUCUACUGUGCCUCUUGCGUCUCUGCGAUUUUAGACGAUUGGUCAGGAGUCAACAUUCCAAAGGCUGUUAAUUAUAUUCUACAAAGCAUUUCGUACGACGGUGGCAUUGGACAAGGACCAGGUCUUGAAUCUCAUGGAGGAUCCACUUUCUGCGCUGUGGCAAGUCUGUUUCUGAUGAAAGAACAUGUUAACAUAUUAGAUAUAUUGACGUGGAAUCGUUUGGCUCGGCUGAAGCGUUGGUGCCUUAUGAGACAGGAUGGUGGAUUUCAUGGGAGACCAGGAAAACCAUCUGACACGUGUUACAGUUUCUGGGUUGGUGCUACGCUUGAGCUGCUGGAGUUUCUCAACUUUUCAGACGCCGAACAGAAUAAAGCGUUUAUUCUUAAUACACAAGAUACGUACGUCGGAGGAUUGGCAAAGUUUGAAAACACUCGACCUGAUCCUUUGCACACAUAUUUAGGUUUAGGUGGUUUAAGUCUCUUGGGACAGUCUGGUCUGUGCUCGAUAAACCCCGAACUCAAUAUCUCGCAACGAACUUAUGAGCAUUUACAACAGAUUCACAAGAAGUGGCGAGGUGAUUAAUUUCGGUUUAUAAAAAAAUCAUGGAACUCGUGAUCAUAUCAAACGCACAGAAUUAAAUAUAUCAGAUGAGACAUUUUUACAUUCAAACGUUUAUAUUUUAUCACAUUUUCUGUGCUAAAAUCCUUAUUAAAAAAAUGUCAAUUAACAUUGUCACAACAGUAGUCACAGUAUUCGUUAAUAAUCUUUGUUGUAUAUGAUUUGGAGUCGCUUGUUGAAUGAUGUGCUUGUUAUACAAAUUGUAUGUAUAGAUAUUGAUAUGCCAGAAAAAGUAUAUUAAUAAAAAUAACUUAAGCUACUCUUUG